AUGAAAGCUCUGAUCACUGAUAAGGCGUACAAUUGGGCAGCGCACGCUAAGUAUGAUGAGAAGGCAGUGUUUCAGGACCUGACUAACGAUCUCAAGCGCUAUCAGGCCGCGAAGCAUCCAGAGGACCUUCCGCUAACGAAUACUGAAAAGCAGGUUUUCCAGUCCGAUGAUGCGCCCAAAGCUUCUCAGAGCACUCUCCCAGCAACACCCGGGGGGACAUUGUAUCCUGGCGGAGUCAAAGGGGCGCAAACUAUGGGUUCUGUUAGCGGGGUGACGUCCCAUUCAGCUCUCCAUGACGACAAGAUGACUGAAACAGUUGGUGGACUUCCAUCGCUAAACAGGUCACACAGUGAUACACGACCUGUGAACCAUUCUGCAUGCCCUACGCUCUGGGGAUAUAGCCGUCAACAGGCCAUCUCCAAGACAACAGCCCCGUCGAUGGCCAAUGCCAAGGCGAAUUCUCGGAGGUUGAAGAGUCAAAUAAUAAAUGACGCACCAGUUGGCGCUCCUCCUACAUGUGUAGAUUGCAACACCUUUCUAGCUGGUACUCUCGAUCAGAAGUCAGGCUCCCGCGGUGGAAAGGCUACUAGAGGCUCUAGCGAGCCAUCUAGCUUUGCUCUAAAGCGUGGCUACAUCUAUGUACCUCCCCAAAUGCAGGGAUCAACGGCUCCCAAGCCGAUCUAUGCUAAAGCAAUGCUUUCGCAGACAAGCUAUAUUCCAGCUGCAGACUCAUCGGCCGAGACCCUGUGGAGGAAGCAGUGGAAUGUGUCGUGCCACCAACAUGAUUACACACUCAACCGGAAGGCAACAGAUGGAGUCGGGCCACUUGUCCCCACAUAUUGGUCUGAAGCUGACUCCGGAGCAAGAUUUACUGUCACAUAUGGCAACAAAAUCGGAGAAAUGCCAGAAGGAGCAGAAUUUGGUCCUGUAGAUAGCAAGCUUAGGUACGUUCCACGUGACGUCCCCAACGCGCCUAAAUCUUCCUUCUUGACUGCUCCCGUUGGCCAGAUGUUCUCUAAGACGGAUAGCCUUCGCUGGGGUUUAACAGGGGGCAAGCCCUACCUUCGAAACAUCACAGAAGAAAACGUACAGGACACGAUGACACUUGAGAGAGAGCUCAAAUAUGACGACAGAACUACGCACAGGAAGAGCUACAUCCCCAUGUCUGACAUGGCCAAAGAUGCAGCGGCGAAUGACCACGCAGAGUGUGUACGUUUAUGGCGUGAGCAAUACACCAAGCCAUGCCCGGUACCGAAGGGUGCGCCACUUCCGAUGGAAACCACCCAGCAAGUAGCCAAUAGAAUAACAAGCAUGAAUAACGAACUUACAAGCCAGCGAGAAGAGGCCUCUCUGCGUAAAAGGCUGCAAGAGGAAACUGGAAUCCUUUAUAAGCCACCGUACGCUGGUGAGUGGGCACAAGGACUUCCAGAGAGGCGAAUGCAUCAGCUAGAUACCCUGAUUCAGGCUGUGAAGCUGGACCCAGAUCAAAAUGAAUAG